AUGGCGACGCUCAAAGGGUCCGAGACCCAGUGCACGGGGGCAAAACAAAGACUUUGCAAAAGUAAUAUCGUGUUCAAGUUCACGGAGAGUAAAAUCACAGGGCAGACUUUUAGUCGCGGGACACAGCUUCCGGCGGGGCUCCUUCAGGAGAGAGACAAGCGGGCCAAGUGGCAAGGCAUUCCCACUUUGCUCCAGAAGCUCUACCUGAACAGUCAUCCCAACAGUGACCUUUCGCAUGCCCAUGGCCUAAUUAAGGUGCUAUCGUCCCAGCUGUCCAUGGAGGCCAUGUCCUUUGUCACAGAGGAGAGAAAGUCUGCCCAGGAAUCCACCUUUCCCAACACGCACACCUUUGACCUCUUUGGCGGCGUCCACCUGCUCGUCGAGCUCUUGAUGAGACCCACGCUAACUAUGCAGAAGAAAAAGCCCAAAAUGCACGACGAUUUGGUGAAAGACUGCCUGAGUGUUCUCUACAAUUGUUGCAUCUGCACGGAGUGGGUGACAAGGAGUCUGGCUGCGAGGGACGACUUUGUUCUGUUCCUUUUCACGCUCAUGACAAACAAGAAGACCUUCCUCCAGACCGCAACGCUAAUUGAAGACAUACUUGGGGUUAAGAAGGAGAUGAUCCAUUUAGAGAGCAUCCCCAACUUGUCCGGCCUGGUUCAGAGCUUCGACCAGCAACAGCUGGCCAACUUCUGCCGCAUCCUGUCGGUCACCAUCUCCGAACCCGACUCGGGCAACGACGACAAGCACACGCUGCUGGCCAAAAAUGCCCAGCAGAAACGAAACUCGAGUCCCUCGCGUGCGGAGGUCAAUCAAGUCACCUUGCUGAACAUCCCCGGAUUCAUCGAGCGUCUGUGUAAGCUGGCCACCAGGAAAGUGUCGGAGGCCACGGGGGCCAACUUCCUGCAGGAGCUGGAGGAGUGGUACACGUGGCUGGACAGCGCUCUGGUGCUGGACGCGCUCAUGCAGAUGGCGACGGAGGAGGCCGAACAAAGCAGCACAGAGUCGUCGGACGAAAGCUCCCUGGCCGCCAGCCCGCUGAGACAUCGUCUGCACCCGUCGAUGAAAAUUGUCCAUGAGAUCAUGUACAAAGUGGAGGUGCUCUACGUGCUGUGCGUGCUGCUCAUGGGCCGGCAGAGGAACCAGGUCCACAAGAUGCUGGCCGAGUUUCGCCUCAUCCCGGGUCUCAAUAACCUGUUUGACAAGCUCAUCUGGAGGAAAUUGACGCUGUCAAACCACGUGGUGCACGGCCAGAAUGAGAACUGCGACUGUAGUCCGGAAAUCUCUUUCAAAAUCCAGUUUUUGCGUCUCCUUCAAAGUUUCAGUGACCACCACGAGAACAAGUACCUCCUGUUGAACAGCCAGGAGCUGAACGAGCUGAGCGCCAUCUCCAUGAAGGCCGACAUUCCCGAGGUGGAGGCGCUGGUCAACACCGACAGAAGUCUCGUGUGCGACGGCAAAAAGGGCCUCCUCACGCGCCUCCUGGCUGUCAUGAAGAAAGAGCCGCCAGACUCGUCCUUCAGAUUCUGGCAGGCAAGGGCAGUGGAGAGUUUCCUGAGAGGAGCCACUUCCUACGCAGACCAAAUGUUUCUCCUGAAGAGAGGACUGCUGGAGCACAUCCUCUUCUGCAUCAUAGACAGCGGCUGCACCUCCCGAGAUGUUUUGCAGAGCUACUUCGAUCUGCUCGGCGAGCUCAUGAAGUUUAACAUCGACGCCUUCAAAAGGUUCAAUAAAUACGUCAACACGCCGGAGAAGUUCCAGACUUUCCUGACCCAGAUCAACAGUUCUUUGGUCGACUCCAACAUGUUGGUGCGCUGCAUCGUGCUGUCCUUAGACCGAUUUCAGAGCCAAACCGAGGACGUGAAAGUGGUGGAGGUGCUGUCGGAGUGCUGCCUGCUGUCCUACAUGGCCAGAAUGGAGAACCGACUGGCCUUCCUCUUCCGACUCGUCAACAUCAUCAACGUGCAGACGCUCACGCAGGAGAACGUGAGCUGUUUGAACACCAGUUUGGUCAUCCUCAUGCUGGCCCGCAGGAAGGCCAAAUUGCCCUUCUACCUUAACGCCUUGCGUGAGAAGGAGUACGCCGAGAAGUACCCCGGCUGUCUGCUCAACAACUUCCGCAACCUGCUGCGCUUCUGGCAGUGUCACUACCUCAACAAGGACAAAGACAGCACCUGUCUGGAGAAUAGCUCGUGUAUCCCCUUCAGCUACUGGAAGGAGACGGUGUCGGUCUUACUCGGCUCAGACAGGACUUCUCUGUGCGCCAUAGCCAGCUACAUCGACGAGCCCUUUAUGGAUCUGGACCGAGAUCUGCUGGAAGAUUGACCGCGGGCGGGUGCACAGUGCGGUUUGCUUGGGAGAGCGAGCCCCGCGGUCGCGGUGUCACGCCUGCGCCCGACCUCGCUUUGGACUCCGCUGAGUUGAGCCGGCGGGGCGCCCGCCGGCUCGCCCGUUUGCAUCGCCCCAACAUUGAGGCCGAAACCCGGCUGCCGUCUCGUCUCCAUAAAGGAAGCCCGGCCCCGCGCCAUGGCGGUUUACGGACCUUGACGCCCGCGUUGAUUGUUUGCUUU